AUGUCUAACCCACUCUCCCACGCCAAGAUUGUUCUCCGACGCUCCAGUGAGCGCGGAUAUGCUGAGCACGGCGGCUGGCUCAAGUCAUUCCACACAUUCAGCUUCGCCAACUACUACGACCACCGCUUCCAGAACUUCGGCAGCCUAAGAGUCCUGAAUGAAGACCGAGUUUCGGCCCGCAAUGGAUUCCCUACGCAUCCACACCGCGAUGCGGAGAUCUUCAGCUAUAUCCUCAACGGCGAGCUCACACAUCGCGACAGCAUGCUUAAGAAGGGCUCUGAGGGAGAACAAGGAAAACAAUUCUACCGCAUGAAGCGGGGAGAUGUUCAAUUCACCACUGGCGGAACAGGUAUCGCGCAUUCUGAACAGAAUGAGUCGACCAAGCCGGUGCACUUCUUACAAAUCUGGGCCCUGCCCUGGAAGCACGGCUUGAAGCCACAAUACCACACUAAGACUUUUAGCGAGGAAGAUAAGCGCAAGGCGUUUGUUCCUAUCUUGUCGCCUCUUGCUGCUGGCCCCGAGGCUACUCCUGCGCAGGAGGAUGCUGCUACCCCUAAGAUUCCUGGUACCAUUCCCAUUCAUGCUGACUUUGUCAUGGGUGCUGGUAUUAUUGAGCCUAGUUCCACGUUCAAGUGGAAUGUUGGCGCGGGCGAAAUUGUUGAGUCUAAGAAAAAGCGAAACGUUUACAUCCAUCUGCCAAUGACCAAGCAGGGCAAGUCUAAGGUCAAGAUUGAUGGCCGGGAAGAUGCUGUGCUCGAGGAAGGUGAUGGUGCCUUUGUCACAUUGGUCAAUGCUGGAGAUGCGCUUCGUUUCGAGAGUGUUGGAGAGGUUGAGGCUGAAGUGAUUGUUUUGGAUAGCAAUUAA